AUGGCAUCCAGAGAAAUGAUGAUCAUAAUCUCGGUUCUCGCUACUACACUCAUCGGUUUAGUAGUAGCUACAGACCACACCAUUGGUGGUCCUAGUGGUUGGACUGUAGGAGCUAAUCUUCGGUCUUGGGCUGCAGGACAAACAUUUGCUGUCGGAGACAAUCUUGUUUUCUCCUACCCUUCUACGUUCCAUGACGUAGUUGAAGUCACGAAACCAGAAUUCGAUAGCUGUCAAGCGGUUAAACCGCUUAUAACGUUUGCUAAUGGAAACUCCAUUGUUCCUCUCACUACCCCUGGAAAAAGGUACUUCAUUUGUGGAACACCGGGACACUGCAGCCAAGGGAUGAAACUUGAAGUAAACGUUAUUCCAACCGCAAACGCUGCACCAACCGUACCGCUUCCAAACGCUGUCCCAUCUCUAAACGCGCCUUCACCUUCCUCUGUUCUACCUGUACAACCUCUGUUGCCUCUUAACCCCGUACCUCUUCUCUCUCCAUCUUCUUCUACUCCGCUUCCUUCCUCCUCUCUGCCUCUUAUUCCGGCACAAACUCCGGCACUUUCUCCGGCGGCUGCGGCGGGGACUUCUCUGCCGUUGAUCCCAGGCUCACCAAGUAGCUCUAGCAGCACAACCAGCAAAACCGUCGGGACCUUCCCUUCUAGUGCUACAGGAACGACGGCUGAUCUUGCCGGCGCAGGCGCUCCUCCAGUUGAUUCCUCCACCUCCUCCGCGGCAAGAACUUUUGUUUUGGGAUUUGGAUUCAUCGUCGCUAUGAUGCUUCAUUUGUUCUAA